AUGGCACCAAGGAAAAACAAAGUUCAGAAAGAGGAGGUCCAGGUAACCCUGGGUCCUCAGCACUUGGUGGGUGAGACAGUGUUCGGAGUAGCUCACAUUUUCGCCUCCUUCAAUGACACAUUCGUGCACGUUACCGACCUGUCUGGCCGGGAAACCAUUGCCCGUGUCACCGGUGGCAUGAAAGUGAAGGCUGACCGUGAUGAGGCUUCACCCUACGCCGCUAUGUUGGCCGCUCAGGAUGUUGCUGAGAAGUGCAAGACCUUAGGCAUCACCGCCUUACACAUCAAACUGCGUGCCACAGGAGGCAACAAGACCAAGACACCUGGACCUGGUGCUCAGUCUGCUCUCCGUGCCCUGGCUCGUUCCAGCAUGAAGAUUGGCCGCAUUGAAGAUGUUACCCCCGUGCCUUCAGACUCUACCCGCAGGAAGGGUGGACGACGAGGACGCAGGCUGUAA